AUGGAUGUCUCAGUAAGUUUUUUGUCUAAUGCUUGCCAGGUAGAAGAAGAAAGAGGAGGAAACCAAGAGGAAGUUCCUCCACAAGGAAAACAAAGAAUCCAAACACAGAGCUGGCCACGGCCACAAAAUAGGCCACCACCUCACCAACAACAAAACCCUCAUCACUUUCAACAACAAGAUUACUCUAAUCAAGGAGAGAGUCAGGACCGAAGGAAGUCUGUAACCUUUGGGCCUGCAAUAAGAAAAGAUAUUCCUCCAGAUAUCAGACCACCACCUAUCCAACAAGGAGUAGUUAUAAGAAGGCCAUCUCCCUGGGCUGUACUCCGUGCAAAAUUACCAACAGGUGAAAACAUACCCGUUUUACGCCCAGUGAUCAGUAACGAACAUCUUAUUCAAAGGAUGCAAAAUCCAGAAGCUGCAGGUCGACCACCAAGUAGACCACCAUUGUCAAGGCCAGGAUCACAAGAAUCAGUUCGGCCCCCUUACAUACAAAGAAAUGACUCAGUUGUGGGGAGACCUCCCAGUAGCCCUCGGCCUUCAGCAGGUCCAAUGCGACCACCAAGUCGAACUUCUAUGUCAUCUAAAGAUGAAGAAGAUGAAACUAUCACAAAUGAAAUGAAAGGUGGUCAAGCUUCAAUGACAAGGCCAAAUAGUGGACAGAAAGUGCAAGGACAACAGAAUCAAAUGCCAACUGCAGCACAGAGUCCUAUUAUACAAAUUGCAAAUCAUCCUCAAAAUCCCAUCCAAAUGAAUCAACCAAUUAAAACACAACAGAAUCCUGUUCCAUCAAACUUACAACCUCAAUCAACACAACAGUAUAAUCAGUCUCCAGUGUCACAAAUGACUGCUCCAACAAUGCCAUCCAAACCACAAACACCAGGACUAACCAACCAACAAACAAGCCAACAAAGUUAUGUUCAAGGAAUACCAUCACAAAAUUAUACUUCACAGCAACAACAAAAUAUAAAUACACAACCACAGCAAAAUCAGCAUUCUCAACCUCAGAUUUCAAACAGUAAUACACCACCACCUCCAGUUCAAACACAGAUUCCAGUAAGUCCAGCAAAUGGGAAUCAAACUCAUCCACCAAAUGCUAUUCAAAGCACACCUCCAAAAUCUGGCAUACAAACUCAAGCACAAAUUUCUUCAAACUCUGUACCACAAGCUCCAGCACAGAAUAAUGUUCAAAACAUGCCUCCAAGCUCUAUACCACAAGCCUCAGCACAGAAUCCUAUUCAAGGCACUCCAAACUCUGAUUCACAAACUCCAGCAAAGAAUUCAUUUCAGAAUAUUCUUAAUUCUGGACCACAAACAACCGCUGGUACCACACAGCCUACAGCAGUACAAAAUACGGUUCCAUCUAGUCCAGUUGGUGCAAGAAGACCAGACCCAGUUCGUCCUACAAAUCCAAUUCCAUCAUUAAAUAAAAAUUCAUCACCUCAAAAACAAGAAAAUAUAUCAUCUAACAAUGAGGACAACAAAGUAAUGAAACCUGCGGAAACUGCUAAAGAAAUUAAAACAAUCCAAAACAGAAGCCAAAAUGACAUAGUAAAAGAGCAAAAAGAAAAUGAUUCACCAAAAAAAGUAAAUGGGUUGCAAGAAAAACCAUUGCAUAAACCUCCUAUAAUAGUGGAUGCAACUCUUAAAAGACCUAAGGAUUUAAAAAGUCCUUCUCUGACUAGAAAAGCUGAAGAAAUCGGCCAAACUGCAAAAGAGAAUGAACCACCAAGACCUGAAAGUUCCAAAAAAGAAAAUACACCUAACAAGGUACAAGAAUCUGCUGUAGUCAAUGGAAAUCAUGAAUCUCCGAAGAAAUCAAAGACAGCCCCUCCAAAGAAGUUGGGGACGGCACAGUCACCACUCAAAUCACCAAAUAAACCUCUUCCAAAAACACCAGAAACUCCUGGUUCUGCUGAUAAAAAAAAAGUUCCCAUGAAUAAAGUGCAAGUAGGAGCAGCACCUUCACCCAAUUUGAAGAGCGUUAAGUCCAAGAUUGGAUCUCUGGAAAAUGCAAAGCAUAAACCAGGAGGGGGCCAUGUAAAAAUUGAACAUAGGAAGCUAAAUUUCAAUGUUGCACCAAAAAUUGAGGCAAAGAAUGAUACUUACACUCCAGGAGGAGGCGAUAAGAAGAUACAACAGGUAAAACUCCAGUGGAAUGCAAAACCAAAGGUUGGUUCACUAGACAAUGCUGCACAUAAACCUGGUGGAGGAGAUAAAAAAAUAGAAUCAGUAAAAUUAGACUUCAAAGAGAAAGCCAAACCUAAGGUUGGAUCAAAGGACAACAUAAAGCAUGUUGCUGGAGGGGGAACAGUGAAGAUCGAAGAUCAAAAAUUAGAGCUAAAAGCUCAAAGUAAGGUGGGUUCAUUGGAUAAUGUCAAAUAUAAGCCAGGUGGAGGUGACAAGAAGAUAUUUGACGAUAAGGAAUACCUAAAGCAAAUGGCUUCAACAAGCAUGGACUCACUCAAUCAGGAAAGGAAGAAGAGAUCCAGAUGUAAUUCAACAUCCUCACAAGACUCAAAAUAUAAGUCUGACGAAAAAUUAGGAUCUAGAUUGUCACUAAAAUCUGAGGGGCAAAAAGAUCAGCCCAAGGAAAAAUCACCACAGCGACCUACUGACCAAAAUUCCAAUCAGGUCAAUGAUAAAAAUGCACCUGAAUCCCAAUCAAAGUCCUCUAAAAGUGCAGAACAACCAAGUGCAACAAAAAUAAAAACUAAUGGAUUAAACUAUCAAGGGGUUAGUAAAGAUGCUAAUGGAAAUGGAAAAACUCAAGAAACAUACAAAGACGAGGUCAGAAAUGAUGAAACAAAGAUAAAGAAUGAAAUAUAUGAACAACAAUCUUCUAUUAAUAAACAACCAUCAACAACUCCUUUAUCAACAGAUGAUAAAAAGCCACCGAUGAAACCAAUCGCUCAACCUUCUCAAAAUCCAACAGCAGUUCAGGGCAAGGACCCAUUACCAAACUUUGGAGUAAAUGAUUCAGUUAAUAUUUCAAACCAAAUUAGACCGCCUGUUCCAAGCAUGGGUAGGUCGCAAAUUAGCCCUCCAAGUCAAACCCCACAAAAGAAUAUUAGUGGUCUUCCACCAAAUGUUCGCCUAGCCAAAGAUCUCAUUAAAGAGGCAUCCAUUAAUGAUGGCAUCGUAGAAAAGUCGCUGACAGAGAAAACUGAAAAAGAAUCAAGACCUAUUGAUUCAACCAGACACACUAAUGUAAAAUAA